AUGGCUGGACAGGACACCCUGGCUGGAGGAGGGGACCCCACGGGGAACGGCAGCGUGAAGCCCUCCAGCAGCGUGGGUGCCCUGUAUCAGGGCUGCGCCUGGACCCCCCGGGCCGAGGGGGCUGAGGAGCCGCUGCGGGUGCCCACGUUCUCACCCGCUGCCCAGGCGCGCGUGGCCAUCACCUUUGCCCUGUUCGCCCUCUCCGCCGGCUGCAACCUGGCGGUGCUGCGUGCGGCGGGGUCCCGGCGCGGAGCCCGGCGCUCCCACAUCCGCCUGCUGCUGCAGCACCUCGCCGCUGCCGACCUGCUGCUCACCGUGGCCGUGAUGCCGCUGGACGCCGUCUGGAACAUGACGCUGCAGUGGCGGGCGGGCGACCUGGCCUGCCGCCUCCUCAUGUACCUGCGGCUGCUGGCCAUGUACGCCUCUGCCUUCGUCACCGUCGUCAUCAGCCUGGACCGGCAGGCUGCCAUCCUGCGCCCGCUGGCCAUCGCCCGUGCCCAGAGGAGGAACCGCAUCAUGCUGCAGGUCGCCUGGCUCCUCAGCGCGGUGCUCUCAGCACCACAGCUCUUCCUCUUCCGCACGGUCACGAUCACCAUCCACCCCCUGCACAACUUCACGCAGUGCACCACGCUCGGCAGCUUUGCCCAGCCCUGGCAUGAGACCUUCUACAACAUGCUGGGCUUCACCUGCCUCUUCCUGCUCCCGCUGCUCAUCAUGGUCUGCUGCUACACCCGCAUCCUCCUGGAGAUCUCCCGGCGCCUGGGCUCCAGCCUCUUCUCCUCCCAGGAUGCAUCGCUGCGGUGCUCCAUGAACAACAUCCCCAGAGCACGGCUGCGCAUGCUGAAGAUGAGCCUGGUCAUCGUCUCCUCCUUUAUCCUCUGCUGGACCCCCUACUACCUGCUGGGGCUGUGGUACUGGUUCUGCCCCCGGGCCAUGCAGAAGCGAGUCUCGCCCUCCCUUGCCCACAUCCUCUUCAUCUUUGGCCUCUUCAAUGCGUGUCUGGACCCCAUCACCUAUGGGCUCUUCACCAUCCCCUUCCGGAGGGGCUGGGGCUGCCCCUGUGGGCACAGACCCAAGCCCCAGUCGCCCUCCCUGGCCACCGGCUCCUUCCAUUGCUCGGCCUCGUCCUUGCCGCAGCAGCGGGAGCUGCCCGCAGGCACCGGCUCCUGACAGAGCAGCUCCCUGUGAGGGGACACGGCCCCGUGCCAUGGGGACGCCCCAGGGUGCUCAGCGGGGGGGACAGCAGCAGUAGGACAGGUCUGCCAGGGUUUGGGGGGGUCACUGCUGCUGCCUGCACCCCAAAGUGCCUCUGCAGGUGGUGGGGCUGGUGUGGGUGCUCCCAGCCCCUUUUUGUGACUGCCAAGCUCUGUGCGGCAAUAAAGCACCCCCUGGCCAC